AUGAAUCCUGGAAAAGAUCCUGGGCAUUGUGACCCUUCUCUUUCGGACCAUGAACGCAUUCAUUUAAUCAAUCGUCUCGAAAAAUUCAAAACUCGUUGGAUGUCUUCCCAUAGAAAUACUAGUAUCGAUGAAAAACGUCAAUGUAAUAUUUGUCAAAGUUGGACUUACUCCAUUCUUUAUUGUGAAUUUUGUCUUCAAGAUUAUUUAAAAGUCGAUUUCGGUAAUUGGACCUCGGGAAGUGAUGAAAUUGAUAUUAUUAUUCGAAAAAGUCAAAUGUGUGUUUCCUCUCCAGAAAGAAUUUUUAGAUGGUUACCUUACGAUGAUUUCGAAAAGAUUACUCUUAAAACUAAAGGUGGUUAUGCUUCAAUAUAUUCUGCUAUCUGGAAAAAUGGUUUGGUUAAAUGGGAUCCAGAGAAACUUACUCUUGAAAGUGUGGGCCCUCGUUAUGUCGUCCUUAAAAAAUUGGAAAAUUCUAGUCAAAUGGAUGGAAGAUGGUUAGAAAAGAUUAUAUCAUAUUCCUGUAAUGAUGAAUAUGCGGACGUCCUUGUAGAGUGUUAUGGAAUAACUCAGGAACCUGGAACUCUGGAUUAUAUUCUUGUCUUGAAUCAUUUGGAAUGUAACCUAUAUCAAUUUUUAACAGAGCACAAUUAUUCUCUUACAUGGAAACAAAAAUUUGAUAUUGUCGUAAAUGGUUUAAGACCAAAUGUAUCUGGUGAAAUUCCAUAUGAAUAUGUAAAAUUAAUGAAACAAUGCUGGGAUACUAUACCUGAAAAUCGUCCUGAUGCUUUGGAAAUUAAUAGAGAAAUAACUAAAUUGGUUAAAAAAUUUUAUGAAAACCCUUAUAUUGAAACUUAUAAAAAUAUAGAAUCUCUACUUGCCGAAACUUCAAUAAUUUCUACUUGCUCUCAAGAAAAUGUUGAUUUAAAAACAUAUUCACAUUCUAGUCAACUAUAUUGUUUCAAAGACUUACCGCAACCAAAAAAUACUACUGAUGAUAAAUCGACUAAAUUAACUG